GGAUGAUGAUGUCGCAGUUUAAUAUCUCUCAGAAUUCCAUGAGAGGUAGUCCUGCAUCUUCUAAUUAUCAACAAACCACUAUCUCACAUAGCCCUUCCAGUCGAUUUGUGCCACCACAAACAAGCUCUGGUAACAGAUUUUUGGCACAACAAAACAGUCCAGUGCCUAGUCCAUAUGCUCCUCAAAGUCCUGCAGGAUACAUGCCAUAUUCACAUCCUCCAAGUUAUACACCCCAUCCUCAGAUGCAGCAAGCUUCAGUAUCCUGUCCCAUUGUCACAACUGGGAUGAGGAAUCUCCAUGAAAAUAAAGUGUCAAGUCAAUUAUCUGGAAAUUCAGCUAAUCAUCAUGCUGAUAAUUCUAGACAUGGCUCAAAUGAAGACUACCUACAGAUGCACAGGCUAAGUAGUGAU